AUGAACGCGUUAUUAGGCACUACGUACACCUGCGGCGGCCCCGUUGGGGGAAGGAAGAGGGGCGGAGGCAAGUCGGGAUCCAAGUCAAAGCUGCGUGAUGCGACCUCGCCGGCAAGUCCGCUCCAGUUUGCCCAGGACCUGAAGGACCUGGUUGCCAGCUAUGGAGGGCGUGGAGAUGCUGUGAAGAGGCGUAUCGAACAAGAAUUGCAGGAGCAGCGGCAGUGUAUGAAAAAUGCUGCGAGUGCAAAGGAAUACCGGGAGGCCGCCGAUCGUCUCGACAUGCUGGAGGGAAACUACGCCUGGAAGUUCGAAGAGGAUUCCGAGCACGCGGACAUGGUCCUCAUCAGAAGCCGUCUGGAAAGUCUCAAACGGGCAAACCAUGCCGGAGACAUGGAGGAAAUGCYGUCGUUGAUCCGGAACGACCUUAAGAGAGACCUCGGCGCCAUGUGCAGCGUACAGCUAUAUUUACAUUGCCACACCGGAACAAAACACCUGAUCGACGAGUGGACAGACGUUGUCAAAUACACCAUCGAAAGACUCCUAGUUCACUGCGAGACUGCAUCCGCCCCGGAUGUUGAUCGAUAUCUGCUUGCCCUGAAGGCUGCGAGAAAAUCGUUUGGGAACAGUGCCCUGAUGUUAUCUGGUGGAGGCACUCUUGGGAUGUGCCACAUUGGCGUGGUCAAGUGUCUUGUACAAGAGGGACUUCUCCCACGAAUCGUUUGCGGUUCUUCGGCUGGAAGCAUCGUUGGGUCUGUGUUGGCAACUCAAAAGCCCGAUAUUGUUCUUGCGAAGCUGGACGAGCUUUGUCGUGGCGAUGUCAAUGUCUUCCAGGACCACACUGAAAUUCAGGGCGUGAUUGGAAUGGGAAUCAACAUCCUCAAGGGCCAACCCGGGUUCGAGAUCAAGAACCUCUGCCGUGUCAUGCGAUCACUGUUGGGCGACAUUACCUUUAGAGAGGCAUACAACCGUACAGGAAUGGUUCUGAACAUCCACGUGUCCAGCGGCGACAAGUUCAAUCUGCCGCGAUUACUGAACUACAUUACUGCGCCCAACGUCCUGGUAUGGUCUGCCGUGGCGUCAUCUUGCUCCCUGCCCCUGGUAUUCAAAUCCAGUGGGUUGAAGGAGAAGAACCCCGAUACAAAGGAAAUCGAUACCUGGGGGCAUCCGGAUCAUCAGUGGAUCGACGGGUCUAUUGCUGGUGAUCUUCCAGCCCGGAUCCUGGAGAGGUUGUUCAAUGUCAAUCACUUCAUUGCCUCGCAAGUCAAUCCUCAUGUUGCAACAUUCCUUCCACAAGAAGGAGACUCCCCGACUUGGUGUCGCCGGGGCGCAAGCGCAGUCAUGGAUGGCGCCAUCCACGGACUCAGUAACAUGGCCGAGUACUUUGACGAUUCCAUCACCCUGAAAAUGCUUCAUUCCGUCUUCAGUCAAACCUACACCGGCGACAUAACCAUUCUGCCCGACACGGCGUGGACGCGAUAUGUUGAGAUCCUUGCAAACCCUGACGAAAGAUUCAUGCGCAACGCCGUGCGAUCUGGCGAAGAGGCAACUUGGCCGAAACUUGAUCGGAUUAAGAACACAGUGGCCGUCGAGCUAGCUCUGGAUCGAGCGAUCAAACACAUCCACGGGAUCAAGGUCGGCAACAUGCGAACGGAUAGUAACGGUGUUCACCGCGCCCCAUCAUCAACAAGGUCGGAACUUGGCUUGACGCGAAGAAGCAGCGCAAGAGGUGCCAGCCUCGCUCGCACCACUCGAGGCAGAUCAAACAGUCAUCGCUCGGUCAAAUCCAUGGUCGAGCCAUCCAGAGCCAGCAUUGUUGACCAUUUGACGUCCUCAUCAGACGAGACUCCGUCGGGAUACUCAUCCCCUGUCACAUCUUACAACGAUGAAGAUUUCGACGACUUGGAAGACGACGACUCACCCGCAAUGACAGUUGAUGCAGCCGAGCGUGCAAGGCUUGGGUUUCUCUCACAGCCUGCUUCGCCCAGCUUAGCAUACAAAGCCUUUCACUUUCCAGAGCCUUCAGCACCGCAGCUUCCGAGCUCUCCUGAGUUGAGACGUGUGUUCAACGACCUGCACAUGUCUGCAAUACACCUCCCAGAGCGAAAGUCGCGCCCUGAGGAGAGAUGA